AUUUGUAAUACUUUUGCAGCAUAACAUCAGUAAUACGAUUUUGAUUGAAAUGUUAAAAACUCCACGACAGCAUUGUAAUUUUGGCACAAGCUGAGGAAGGACAAGGAAAACUUUCAAAUACGUGCAAUCAUAAAAUUUCCAGCCACAGGGACACACCCUAGAGGGAGGAGCAUAUGGAGACGAGUGCGCUUUAAAUAAGGGCUGGAGGCUGUUUGUCAGCAUAGCACCAUUCAGAACUCUAGCAGAACUAUCCUGACAAUCUUUUGGUUGUAGUCUGAUAUUACUUCGGAGAGUUUGGUGAAAAUGCGGACUGAGGCUGGAACCAUAUCUAUUCCAAUGGCUGAGAGUGAAUCCCUGAGAACGUUGCAUUACCAGCAUAGUGUGGAUUUUCAUCUCACUUCUCCUACUUCUUGCCCACGUGUCAAGAGCCCAUUUCAAAAAAGUUUAUCAUGUCCAAUGGAGUCGAAACCUGCCAGUCUCCUGGCAGAGAGUUACCAAUUGAAAAUCACAGGGAAAUCUUCAUCCAUUACCGCAGCCAGCUCUGCCAAGUUCACUCUGGAAAAAGCCGUCAUGUUAGCCCUUGCUGUUGAAAGAUUCAAGAAAAAGCUGGGGCAGCAAUGGGGAGAUGGCUUGGGCAGUGAGGCCAGUUGCUUUCAGGAUACCGACUUGCUCGGGAACUUCAAUGCACUCGUAGAAGAAGCUAUCAACUACACCAGCUACGAAGAUACUGAAAUGGCAGUCGGUUCUUACAGGUUCAUGCAGAGUGAGUGUCAACAGGUGAGGGAUGAUCACGACAAAUCCCUGAAGUUGUCAGACAACCUCCAGCUCACGGCCAUGUUCUUGCAGCAGCCAAAUGAUGAAGUAACACUCAAUGUGAGGUACUACAAGGCGACUACCAGUGAAAAUAAUCAUUUGCCAGUUGUUCUGGGAAUCAACAAUGAGAAUCUGUUUGUCUCUUGCACUGGGCCACAGGACAGUCCCAGGAUGAAGGUGGAGAAAUGGGAUCAGACUCUGCACAAUAUCAGUUGUGCCACUGACUUGCUUCGCUUUGUGUUCUUCAAGAAGAUUUCGAAUGCUGGCCACACCUUUGAGUUUGAAUCGGCUAUGUACCGUGGGUGGUACAUCAGCACCUCCCGUAAGAAUAAACAGCCAGUUGAAAUGGAUGUGAAAGAGCACCACAAGAGAAUCACGAUCUUCACAACUAAAUGAGGCAAUUUUGAUCUCUGUGCAGUUUAGAACCGAAAUCAGUAAUUGUUGGUUUAGAGAGUGUGUGUAUGUACUGAGUACAGACUUUUACAUUUACCAUUGAUACGAUUUAUCACUGAUAAAGUUGUCUUCAAAUUACUGAGAUGUACAGGUAGCAAUAUUUGUUCCUGUUUUACUUUUUAUUAUUUGGAGUUAAAUAUUAAUGAAAAUAUGGUGCUGUGCCUUGAAACUUGUAACUAAUUAUUAUAAACGUUCAAUAUUUUAUUACUAUUUAAAUUGUUAUUAUUAUUUAAUUCAUUACUGUACUGGAGAAAACUUUUCCUGGGUUUAAUAAAUAAUGUUCUUUUCAAACAAAUAGUUUACUUCAUUUCAUACAUUUCUGUAAAUUAACUGUGAAAAAGGUGAAGCACUCGUAGUCCUGUUGUCCAAUAAGCUCUCCCAUUGCCAAACCAUGUUUCAGUAUUUCCACUGACAUGUUGAAUUUAAACGAAACUAGAGAUACAGCGUUAAAACAGGUCCUGGGCCCACCGAGUCCACGCCAACCAACAAUCACACAUACACUAGUUCUAUCCUACACACUAGGGGCAAUUUACAGAAGCCAAUUAACCUAAAAACCCGUAAGUCUUUGGAAUGUGGGAGGAAACCGGAGCACCCGGAGAAAAUCCACAUGGUCACAGAAUGUGCAAACUCGGUUCAGAUAGUACCCUUGUCAGGAUUGAACCUGGGUCUCUAGCGCUGUAGGGCAGCAACUCUACCGUUGCGCCAAUAUGCCGGCCUAAUAUUGGUCUCAGUUUGCUGCCAUUAAAUAUAUGCAGGAUGCCUGCUCCUUAUCAUCGCCCUAUAUUCAUGGCCUAGGGAUGCCCAAAAGCAUUACACAACCCAGAAAAAUAAUUAAAGUUCGUCACUGUUAUAAUAAAGAAAAAUGCAAGAUGAUUUAUAAGUAAAUUAAUAGUUUUCAGUGAAUGUAUUUACAAGUACAUAAGUAUUUACAACCUACUAGUCAGUGAAGUUAAUUAAAUAUGGCCAACCUUUAUAAAUGAAGGUUUUUCAUUUUAGUUAUCAAUCUGACAUACAUAUUUAAACAUGUGAAGCAUAAAACCAAACAUACAUUCUCAUUCAUAUUUAUGUGCAUUCUCAAACCUUGAAAGAUCAAGGUUUCAUAAAUGCAGGAAUUGAUUUUGAAAUCUACUGCCAACAAACUUGGAAUAUAGUAAAUGGUGAAGAAUUAGAAAGGUCAGUGGUGGAGAGAGACAGAUAGCUAUUGAAAGUGAAAUACAAGAAAUGUUAGUUAAAUUCUAUUAUUUAUUGUAUAACCUGACUGUACAGAUACAUAUCCAAUUGCGCUUACUCAAACAGUGUCAAUCAGACACAAAAUCCUAUAAUCCUCACACUAAGGAAAAUAAUUAAUCAUAUCUUAAUAUUUAGUUAUGUAUUUCAGUUUUAUAGGAACAUAAAGAAAUAUUAAUUUGCUCAAACCUGAAGUCCAGACUAGAGGCUCUGAAGAAAAUGUCCUUUCCAUUGACAAACAAGAUUUACCUCUAGACAAUUUAUGUUGUCUGCAUUCUCCAGUCAGAUUGUCUACGACAUUUCAGAACUUUUAAAAGUGCUGAUAAAUUCAGAGCUCUUCCCCAUCCAAGGCGAGCUGGCCAAUUCGAUUCAAAAUUGACUUGAAAGAAAGAGUCAAAGUGUAGUUAUGGAAGGUUGUUUUUUUUUUAUUGGAGGCCCGUGACCAGUGGUGUGUUACAGGGUUGGGUGCUGGUACUCAUGCUAUUUCCCAUGUACAUUAACAAUUUGGAUGACAAUAGACAGGCAUACCACUGUAUAGUCUGUGGUUAAUUGACAGUAAUUAUCUUAUUCAUAUAUAGUAUUAAAUUAUGAUUUUAUACUAUAUUUUAUCUAUAUACUACCUGAAGAGACAACAAAUGUGAUGUGAUCCUUUCAUUCAUGGCCCUCGGGAUCAAAGGAGAGACUGCAAUAGUCAGGGGAUUAAAAUAAUUAUCACAUAAUAGAAAAAUUAAAAGUAUAUUCAGUUUAAACCAACAUCUGCAGAUAACUACGUAUAAAGGCAAGUAAUAGUCUGCAAGAAGAUUGCUAUCAUGGAGUUAACCUCCUGCAACACCGAAAAUACUGGAAACAUUCAGCUGGUCAGGCUGCAUUUGUGGGAAGAAAAGCAAUUAUUCAGGUCAGAGAUCAGAGUCAUAGUGUGUGGAAACAGGACAUUAGGCCCAACCGACCCACGUCAACCAACUAGUCCCUUCUACACUAGCCCCACCGUUUGGACCAUAUCCCUCUCAGCCUAUCCUAUCCAUUUACCUGCCUAAAUGAUUCCUAAACGAUGCAAUAGUACCUGCCUCAUGAUUUUGUACACCUUUAUAAGAUCACCUCCCAUUCUCUUGCACUUCAAGGAAUAAAGUCCUAACCUGCUCAACCUCUCCUUACAGCUCAGGCCCUCGAGUCCUGGCAAGAUCCCCAUAAAAUCCUUUGUCAAAAUUGCAGUCUUUUUUUUAUUUUCACUUACUGAGUGAACCUUCUGAAUUGUAUGAUCUAAUAUUUCGAAUCAGCGACUGAUCUGAGGAUCAAUGGCAAUUAAGAACUAGCAGUGUAUCAUUAGGAUGUGGGAGAAAACCUGAGCACCCUGGGGAAUUCUAUGUGGUCACACGAAGAAUAUGGAAACUCCAUACACACAGAUCUGACAUCAGGAUCAAACCUGGGUCACUGAAGCCAGAUAGCAGCAACACUACUUGCUGUGACACAAUGCCACCCUGCUGAAAACUGGCCCGAUUGAAAAAACAUAAUCUGAGGGGGAAAUUAGUUUUCUGGAAUUACCUUCUUCAGAAAGGAGAAGUGCAAGGUAGGGUCCAAUUGAAAUGUAUAAAAUUAUAUGCAUCUUGAGAAUGAGUCCAAAAUCAGUGGGCAGAGAAUUAAAGUAUUCACUCCAAGGAUUAAUAAUGGGGAAAACACUUGUCACGUAGAGGUGGCUGCAACUCAUUGGCUGAAAGGGUUGUACAAGCAGAUACCAUUAUUGAGGCUACUGAGAGCAAAGGUCAUACUCUCAGAACAAUGAAUUCCUCAUUUAAGUCAGGGAUGAGGAGGAGUUUCUUCUCUCACAUUUGUGACUGGAAUUUUCUAGCAGAGUGCUGUGGAUGUAGAAUAACUGAACAUAUUAAAGACAGAGAAUGAAAUGGUAGAACUACAAGGGAAUCAAUUGAUGUUAGGCGUGAGUGGGGAAAGUGUUGAUGGAGCUAAAGAUGGGAUGAUUUUUGAUGUCAUUGAAUGGUGAAAUACACUCAGCGGCUCAGUUAGCUUCCUCUUGUUUAUUACAUAGGCCUGAAUGCCUUUACGUAAGUAGGGCCUGUGAAGAGCCUGGCCUGGGCUCUUGAAUCAGUGUCAGUACACGGGAUUAGGCUGCAAAACUCUUUUUCAACUGCACAUACAUUCACUGGACUUAAUGACCAUCUUUUGUUUACAGAUUCUAUCAUGAAAUUCAUUUCAAUAGUUCCAAUGAUUACAGUUAUUGGAGAAGCUGAAAUUGAUUCUGAAGAUUGGAUACAUGGUUGAAAUCAUGAAGAGUUUAGAUAGAUUAAAGGAAUGGAAAAUUGUUUCAGCUGAGAAGUUCAUACCCUGUUAAAAAUGAGAUGGCUCACACAUAAGGUAAAUGGUAAAUCAUCCAAAAGCAUUUUCAGGAAAAAAUGCUUGCUGCAUCAAGAGGAUUUGGAAUACACUGUCUGAAAUGGUUCAGGACACAAAUUCUAUAGGAGCUUUCAUUAAGAUAGAAACAUAGAAAAUAGGUGCAGGAGUAGGCCAUUCGGCCCUUCGAGCCUGCACCGCCAUUCAAUGUGAUCAUGGCUGAUCAUCCAACUCAGUAUCCUUUACCUGCCUUCUCUCCAUAUCCCCUGAUCCCUUUAGCCACAGGGGCCACAUCUAACUCCCUCUUAAAUAUAGCCAAUGAACUGGCCUCAACUACCUUCUGUGGCAGAGAAUUCCAGAGAUUCACCACUCUCUGUGUGAAAAAUGUUUUCCUCAUCUCGGUCCUAAAAAAUUUCCCCCUUAUCCUUAAACUAUGACCCCUUGUUCUGGACUUCCCCAACAUCGGGAACAAUCUUCCUGUAUCUAGCCUGUCCAACCCCUUAAGAAUUUUGUAAGAUUCUAUAAGAUCCCCCCUCAAUCUUCUAAAUUCUAGCGAGUACAAGCCGAGUCUAUCCAGUCUUUCUCCAUAUGAAAGUCCUGACAUCCCAGGAAUCAGUCUGGUGAACCUUCUCUGUACUCCCUCUAUGGCAAGAAUGUCUUUCCUCAGAUUAGGAGACCAAAAUUGUACGCAAUACUCCAGGUGUGGUCUCACCAAGACCCUGUACAACUGCAGUCGAACCUCCCUGCUCCUCUACUCAAAUCCUUUUGCUAUGAAUGCUAACAUACCAUUCACUUUCUUCACUGCCUGCUGCACCUGCAUGCCUACUUUUAAUGACUGGUGUACCAUGACACCCAGGUCUCAUUGCAUCUCCCCUUUUCCUAAUCGGCCACCAUUCAGAUAAUAGUCUAUUUUCCUGUUUUUGCCACCAAAGUGGAUAACCUCACAUUUAUCCACAUUAUACUGCAUCUGCCAUGCAUUUGCCCACUCACCCCGCCUAUCCAAGUCACCUUGCAGCCUCCCAGCAUCCUCCUCACAGCUAAUACUGCCCCCCAGCUUCUUGUCAUCCGCAAACUUGGAGAUGUUGCAUUCAAUUCCCUCGUCCAAAUCAUUAAUACAUAUUGUAAAUAGCUGGGGUCCCAGCACUGAGCCUUGCGGUACCCCACUAGUCACUGCCUGCCAUUGUGAAAAGGACCCGUUUACUCCUACUCUUUGCUUCUUGUCUGCCAGCCAGUUCUCUAUCCAAGAUAUUGGAUAAAUACUCAAAGAAUAACAAUCAUACGAAUAUGGGUGAAGAACAGGGAAUUAAACCAACUGGAUUGCUCCUACGAAGGGAAGAUCUGUUCUUUUGAAAUCUACACUGACAAAUCUGAUGCACUUGGCAGCAUGCAGUGCCACCUAGUGCCAAGUCUUAUGCUAAAUUAUACGGUCAUAAGUAAUAGAAGCAGAAUUUGGCCAUUCAAUCGCAGUUGAUCUAUCCUUCUGAACCUUCUGAAUUUUGUAGUCGGCAGGGCAGUACUCUGCAUAUCGCCAACUUGGACAAUUUUACGUUUUUAUCAAGCCAAUGAACAUACAAACCUGUAUGUCUUUGGAUGUGGGAGGAAACUGGAGAUCUCGGAGAAAACCCACGCAGGUCACGGGGAGAACGUACAAACUCCAUACAGACAGCACCCGUAGUUGGGAUCGAACCCGGAUCUCUGGUGCUGCAUUUUGCUGUAAGGCAGCAACUCUACCGCUCUGCCACCGUGACUGCCCCUAUCUCUCCGUCCUAACCCCAUUCUCCUGCCUUCUUCCCAUAACCCUUGACACCCGUAUGAUUAUAGAAUCAUAAAACAAUGGAAAUCAUUUGGCCUGUGUGUCUAUGUUGGAUUUUUGAAAUAAUGAUCCAAUAAGUUUACUUCCUAGCACUUUCCCUAUAAUAUACUUUCCACAAUGUUUAAGCGGAAUCCUUCUUCAUCCUCUGCUGGAUCUACACUUUCCACGUGUGGGUUAAGGUGUUCUUCAUUUAGACGAUUGCAAAACUCUGGAAUUCUCUGCUCUAGAGGGUGCUGAAAUUUUAUUUUCACUGAUGACACCGGACCACACAUAAAGGAAAUUGGGAAAAUUACAAAAUAAAAUACUUGUAAGUUUAUGUCACUAUUAAUCGGCAUGGUGGUACAGCAGCUGAGCUAUCUCACCCUCCUAUCCCCAUUCUCCUGCCUUCUCCCCAUAACCCUGACACUCGUGCCUAUCUAACUAUCGCUGUCUUAAAAAUAUCCAUUGACUGCCUCCACAGCCUUCUGUAGCAAUUAAUUCCACAGAUUCACCACCUCUGACUAAAGAAAUUCCUCCUCAUCUUCUUAAAGGAACCUCCUUUAACUCGGAGGCUACGACCUGUGGUCUGUGUGAUGAACUGGGCUACAUCUACAACUCUCUGCAAUUUUUUGCUGUCUUGGGUGGAGCUGUUCCCAAAACCAAUCUAUGAUGAAACACCACAGAACGCUUUCUAUGGUGUAUCCGGGUACAUUUGUAAGAGUUAUGCCAAAUUUCCUCAGUCUUAUCACAAAAUAAAGGCACGUGUGUGUGCCUGUCACAGCAAUGUGGUUGGUCCACCACAGAUCAUUGGUAAUAUUAAUACCAGGGAACCAGAAUCUCUCAUCCAUUUCAACACCUUUGAUGCUGAUUGGGGCAUAUGGCCCAUCCUGCUUCCUGAAGUCAAUUAGUUACUCCUUUGAUUUGCUAAAAUUGAGGAGAGGUUGUUAUUCUGACACCAUGUCACUAAGUUCUCUAUUUCCUUGCUGAGUUUGCCAUCUC